AUGGUCCUGAGAAUGAUAGCAGUGCUAGCACUAGUACCGCCAGCGAGUGGUCUGAUACAUGAGAGCAUUCUACAACCCCUCUAUCGACGGGAAGUAAGGCUGAGCACCAUUGUCGAUUACAAGAUUGCCAACUUCGUGGACGUCAUAUUGGCCAAGUCGACGCAGCUAUGUGUCGCCCUUGUGGUGGAGGCAUUUGACAAACUCGGCUGUCCCAUCAACGCGUUCGUCACGGGACAAGAGGUCCAACGUAUUACAUAUCAAUCAUGGCACGAGAAAUUGGUCGACUACCUGUACAAACUGCAGGACAAAGAAGCUCGACUAUUGAACAUAGAGGAAUCUCGCAUCACACGCAGCGCGAUUGCGUAUCCAACCGAAUCGAGUGACGCCCUACUACAAAACCUGCUACGGGACCAUCCGAAAUGGACUUUCGCCAGUAACCUUACUCACUUCGCUGGAAAGCACCUUUCGGAAGUUCUUACCGGUAAGAUAGAUGGAAUCAUAGUCAUCUCUGCUAAUCGCCAACGACGGGAUCCUGUUUCUGAAUUUUACUGUGAGCACUCAUUCAACAAGAUGCCUUAUCAUCAGAUGCAGGAUUUUAUCGGGCGUCUUGUUUCCCUUAUCUGGAUGGAAGAUGGACCGCUGAAGAUUUUGGAGAUGGGUGCAGGUACUGGUGGCACAACUUGUGUGCUUGUUCCAUUCUUGGCAAGUUUGGGAAUUCCUCUAGAGUAUACGUUCACCGAUAUCUCACCCUCGAUGGUUGCACAAGCGAAAAAAGAGGUUCCGAUAUCCCUUCAUGAGAAUUUCCCGUGA